AAGGGAGAGCAAUCAUGGUAGCCAUGCUGUGUGGGGUGGUUUUAAACAUAAUUUACAGUAAAAAUGACUUAAAAAAGUUAGAUCUGAAUAACUGUUUCGACCAUACUCCAGCCUCGCACCUAUACGCCACCCGAAGCUCUCAAGUCUUCGAAGGGCAUAGGGAUGAUCAAUACUGAAUGAGCUGCAACAGUGCCAUCUUGCGGUUGUUCUCGAGUUUCAUGGAUGACUUUAGGAAUCUCAGCGAUCAUGUAAAGUGGGAGUUCUGAGGAUGUAAAUAAAAAAUGUUAGGUAAAAACAUUUAAAUUCCGAAAAUGGCCGAGCGCGAGCAGCGACGUGAAGUACAGUAUUGACAGAAACGAAAGUGAAACGCCCCUCAGAAUCAGAUCACUUUCUGUUUUGGCAGAGCAACUGAAACAAACACGAAUAUUCUCCGCUGAAAGACAGUCUUACAGGAAUAUGGAGCAAAGUGAUAUUGACGAGGGGUUAUAUUCUCGACAACUGUAUGUGAUUGACCAUGAUGCGAUGCGUCGAAUGGGAAAGGCUGAUGUCCUCAUCGCUGGAAUGAGAGGUCUUGGCGUGGAGAUCGCCAAGAAUGUGAUCCUGGCUGGGGUCCGAUCAGUCACCAUCCAGGACGAAGGAGUGGUGGAGUGGCGAGAUCUGUCUUCCCACUUUUACUUGAAAGAAACUGAUGUGGGUCAGAACAGGGCCUUGUGCUCUGAGAAACAGCUCUCAAGUCUGAACGUCUAUGUUCGAGUGUCUGCAAGCACUGACAAACUCAGCGAGGACUUCCUGAGACAGUUUCAGGUUGUGGUGCUUACAAAUUCACCCUUUGAGGAGCAGCAAUGCCUGGGAACGUUUUGUCACUCAAACAAUAUAAAGUUUAUUGUGGCUGACACCAGAGGACUUUUUGGACAGUUGUUCUGUGACUUUGGAGAAUCGUUUGAGGUCAGAGACACAAAUGGAGAGACCCCAGUCUCAGCCAUGAUUGCUCACAUCAGCAAGGGGAAUCCAGGUGUUGUGACAUGCUCAGAUGAAGAAAGCCAUGAAUUCACUGAUGGCAUGUUGGUGAACUUCUCUGGGGUUCAAGGCAUGAGCGAACUCAACAGCCAUGCCCCCAUUGAGAUUAAAGAGAGGGACAGAUUCUCCUUCAGUAUUUGUGACACUUCCAACUUUUCGGACUAUGUGAAGGGUGGCGUGGCAACUGAAGUCAAUCAACCGGAGAUCCUCAGCUUUAAACCUUUCAGUGUGGCUACGAAAGAAGUGCUUAUAGAUCCGGGGCUUGUGGAGAUGACAGACUUUGGCAAAAUAGAAAGACACCGGUCUUUGCACUUGGCCUUCAAGGCCCUGCAUCAAUUCUCUGAGGAAUACGGCAGAACACCCCGUCCUAGGUCUCAGGCCGAUGCUGAAUUGCUGGUCACAAUUACGAAAAAGAUCUGUGCAGAUGCAGAGUUUAACGAACUUGAUGAAGACACUGUGCGGAAAUUAUCCCUGGUUGCCAGCGGUGACCUUGCACCUGUCAAUGCGUUCAUUGGUGGGCUGGCUGCUCAGGAGGUGGUGAAGGCUUGCAGUGGUAAAUUCACUCCUCUCAGACAGUGGCUGUACUUUGAUGCGCUGGAAUGCCUGUCUGACGAAGAAGAGGGUACGGAAGGUGUCCUGACUGAAGAUGAUUGUGCUCCUAGAGACAGUCGAUAUGAUGGACAGAUCGCUGUGUUUGGAUCUGCUUUUCAAGACAAAUUGAAGAACCAGAAUUAUUUCCUGGUUGGAGCUGGAGCGAUUGGUUGUGAACUGCUGAAGAACUUUGCUCUGAUUGGUCUGGGUGCGGGAGAGGGCGGGAACAUUACAGUUACUGACAUGGACUCUAUUGAGCGAUCAAACCUGAAUCGACAGUUUCUAUUCCGCUCACAGGACAUUGGGAGGCUUAAGUCAGAGGCAGCAGCAGAGUCCGCCAAAGCAAUGAACCCUUACAUGAACAUCACUGCUCACCAGAACAGAGUGUGUCCAGAGACAGAGGAGGUCUACACAUAUUCAUUUUAUAGUCAGCUUGAUGGGGUUGCAGCUGCACUGGAUAAUGUGGAUGCCAGGGUCUAUCUUGACAAAUGCUGUGUGCGGAACAAAAAGCCCAUGCUGGAGGGUGGAACUAUGGGUAGUAAAGGCCACACUAUGGUUGUAGUGCCACAUUUGACCGAGUCAUACGGACCCGGCAUAUCUGGAGGAGAGAAAGCCAUUCCUCUCUGUACACUCAAGAAUUUCCCACACCGUAUAGAACACACACUACAGUGGGCAAGAGACCAGUUUGAGGGCCUUUUCAAGCACACUGCAGAGAACGUGAACCAGUAUCUCAGUGACCCAGCGUUUGUAGAGCGCACAGUCGCCCGUGGGGAUGUGGAGGCUGUGGAAAUAUUGGAGGGCGUCUAUAGGAGUCUGAUCCAGGAACGGCCUCAGAACUGGACUGACUGUGUCAGCUGGGCCCGAAGACAGUGGGAAACACUCUACAACAACCACCUUAGACAACUACUGCACUGCUUCCCUCCUGACCAGGUAACAAGCUCUGGGCUUCCAUUCUGGAUGGGUGCAAAAAGAUGUCCCCAUCCUUUGACCUUUGACACCAGCAAUACCACCCAUAUGGACUUUAUUGUAGCAGCGGCCAAUUUAUACGGUCAGAUCUAUGGAAUUGAAGGCACCAGGAAUCUUGUGGACAUUCAGAACAUACUGCAGGGUGUAAAAGUGACAGAGUUCACUCCUAAAUCUACCGUAAAGAUUGCAGUGACUGAUCAAGAGAUGAAAGAGGAGAAUGAGGAAAGAAGAGAAGAGGACAAAGACAAGCUGGAAAUGCUAAAGGAUAAAUUGUCAAAACUCCAGCUGAGUGAUCAGAACUUUCGAAUGCAUCCACAGGAGUUUGAAAAGGAUGAUGACAACAAUUUCCACAUGGAUUACAUCAUUGCAGCAUCCAACCUGAGGGCAGAGAAUUAUGAUAUACCAACAGCCAACCGCCACAAAAGCAAGUUGAUUGCUGGCCGCAUCAUUCCAGCGAUCGCCACAACAACAGCUGCAAUCGCUGGACUGAUGUGUUUGGAACUGUAUAAACUCAUCCAGGGUCACCGGCAAAUUAAAUCUUACCGCAAUGCAUAUGUCAACCUGGCCACACAAUACUUCGUCCUCUCUCAGCCUCGUGCGUCCCCGACAUUUACAGUUGCAGGACAGCAGUUCUCUCUUUGGGACGACUUCCUUGUCCAGGGCCGGCGUGAGGGUCAAGAGGAAAUGACCUUGAAGGAGCUGCUGAAACACAUUAAGGAAAACUAUAACUUGACAAUCUCUGGCUUGUACUACGGUCCUGCUGUCUUGUACAGCAAUGACUCAAAUCAUGGCGAUCGCCUAAAGCUAAGCAUAUCUGAUUUGAUUCGUUCUGUGACCAAGAGUGAGAUUCCAGCUCUCCAACAGAUGUUUGAGAUCAUUCCCUCAUUUGUUGAGGAUGAGGAAUGUGAGAAGACCCCGCCCAUCAGAUACCUUAGGUGAUGUCAGCAAGGGGAAAUCUCACCAGAAAUAUGACCACACUAAUGACUCCUAAUGUCACCUAAUAAUGUAUAUUAAUUUACUCCAAAUCUCACUUUAUCUGCUAAACAGUCAUAAAAAUCACUCGAAUCUGAAUGUUUUUAAAUGUUUUAACUGGAAAAUUGUUUUUAAAGUCAACAUGAAAUGCUUCUUACGACCUAUUUUACUUACAUAUUUUACUCUGAAUUAAACAUGAUGUACAACCAAAUCAAAUGUAGGGAGGGGCUUGAUUUUAUCCAUUAUUAAUUCCAUUAAAAAAAGAGUUUUAUUUCAUGUUGACUUUGUGUAAUCAUGUUUUAAUUGUAAUUUUUAACCGUCUGUAAAUGAAAUGCAUUGAAUUAAUUCUGUUCUUUUGCUAAUUAAUUUUUUUAAAACAUCUGUCUAUCCACAAUCUUGUGAUAAUAUCACUCCUGUGGUUUGUUAGUUCCUGCCCUCAUCCCUUUGUAUGCACCCCAUGACUACUCACCCCUUGCCCAUUGUUAUGUAUAAAAACAAUUACAAAACAAUGAAAUACAGAGUAAAAGAGACAGCUAAUCUGUCCCCAAAAUGGAUCUAAACAAGCUCUGUCUGCUCCAGUUAAUUCAUUUCACCUAGAUACCUUUGUGUGCUUUCUUAUCUAAAUACAUUCAAUCAGUGAGAGUGUUACUCACAAAGCGACUUGAAAGCAUUCUGGUUGCAAGGCUCCAGUUGUAGACUUGAAUUCUUGGCACUAAAAUCCAAGAAAGGAGUUUCAGUCUGUAUGUGUCUUCAUAUCAUGUUAUUCUGUCAAUCCAACAGUAAAGCCUAAUAUCAAAAAGCACAUCUUGUUCACA